AUGCAGAGACAUUUCUUGUAUCCUCCGAGAGAACUGCCGUCCCGUUCCUUACUGCAAUUCAUGAGUACAUCAAAGAGUCGCAAAAGGUGUGAGUUGUACAGGGUUUAUAAACACUUGGCACAAGUAACUAGACAGGAAGAGUCUACUUACAUUUUAUCCGGCUUUCUAUCUGCAGACAUGGAGCGAGAUAUAUGCGGCUCUGGAGAUGAAGCCGUCCUACGCAUAACUCACGACGAGGCAGGGAGUGGAGAUGACAAUGGACACGAAAAUACUAACGAAAGUAAUGAAAGUAGUAGCCUAGGCCAAGGAGACUACGAAACAAACCACUAUGAAGAAGCAGACGACUUGCAAGAGAACGACGAUGACUUUGGGAUACUCUAA